UCCCCUCUGCAGGGCUACACAGACACACAGCGCUCCCCUUUUCCACAACAUAUGCGUCUCUUUACCUUGAGAAUGCUCCCCCUCCCACACACCCCCUCUGUCCCAUCCCCCCUCAGGGCUACACACAAUCCUUGUGCUCCCCACAUAUACAACCUUGCAAAUCUACACGCUCACAGAGCUCCUGUGUUCCUUCUCCAGCGGGGCUACACACCCAUGGCUGGGCUUCCUUGCCACCACCUCUGGACUCCCCCUGUGCUUCCUCCCCCUGCUACAUGUGUGCACGCAUCCCUGCUGUGCCUUCCCACCUGCCAGAUCCCACAACCCCCACACUUUGUCCCCCCCGACCUUGCAGGGCUCCAUACACCCCCCCCCACACACGUGCCCACCUGCUCCCCGCUGCUGGUCCCACACUAGCCCCCAUGCUCUCCCUCACUCUCUGCCUACGUAAAGUCUUUUGUAAUAACUUCUCCUCCCCCCUUUCCCUCUAAAGGGCUCUUCCCAUGAGGGCCUUAUCUGCUGGACUCUCAUACUCUUUAUAGUGCCAAGUGACUUAUCUGCAGGAAUGGUCUCCCUGCCCAUGCGCACCUGUGCCCCACCCGGAGGAUGUUUCGCUUCUCUCUCUCUCUCACACACACACUCUCUCUCUUUGUGCCCCACAUGCAUGCACCCACUUCUUCUCUCCCCUGACUUACCACUCACAUGCAGGACCCUUCCCCAGAUGGGUCAUGACAAUAGGGGCGUUCUGGCAGGGUAUGUUUGAACAGGGAGCUGCUAUGCAGACAGCACGGCCAGGUGGGGAAGGCAGAUGGGAAUACCCAGCUCAAAGUAUGAGAAUAAAAUGCAACAGGGCUUGGACAGAGCCUCCUAGCUGGGUCAGUACCCUCCAGAGAGACCAGUCAGGCCUGAGUGGUUUCUUUCCUCACCCCACUCACACUCCGGUUAACACUAGGGAUAUUUAAAGUAUGGGGGGGGGGGGGGGGAAUCUCAGGCCUUCCAUUUAGGUAUCUCAUAUUCUUCACAACCCCCAAAGCAGUUACCAUAGCCUUUCUCUACCCUCCACUUAAUAUACUGAGAGAUCAGGGUGGAGAGGGCAUUAAUUAAGAAUCAGCAAAGAAAUAUUAAUAACAAGUUCUUAUACAGCCCUUCUCAUCCAUAUGUCUCAAAGUGCUGUACAAAGGAGGUCAGUCUGAUUAAAUUUUACAGGUGGGGAAACUGAGGCACAAGGAGGGGAAAGAGGUGGACUUUGGCAAGUCAAACAGGUCAGCAUCAAAGUCAGGAAUAGAACCCAUAUCUUCUGCCUCCCAGCCCAGUGCUCUGUCUUCUAAGCAACACUGCCUCCCUUUCCAAAAGAGGAAGUGAUCCCUUUUGCCACCCUUUGCCAGGCAGCUUUCAGGGCCAGCCAUGCCUCAGACCCCUGACUCUUACAGCCUGAAAGCUGUUUGUUUUUGGCUGGUCAUACUCCAGCUUCCUCUCCUAUUGCAGCAUCCUUUCUUGACUUCUAAUUCGUUUGAAUGGCAUAGAAGUCGUAGCUGUAACAAGAAAAUAUGUCUUCCUAAUUGACUGUGUGGGCAGAUGUAUGGGUGUUCAGCAAGCUCUAAAACCUGACCUGCCUGACACUUGCACAGCUAAGCCACUCCAAAGGAUGUUAUUCAUAAGAUAUUGUUCUGUGGUGGUUAAUGCGGAGACACAGAUGUGGGCAUCUAAUCCCUCACUACCUCUCCAUCCUCUGUGUAGGCUGCAGUUAUGCCAUUAAGCGGGCUUAAGAGAGUGUUAUUUUGAUGUCCUAAAUAUAUUUGGGAGGGGAGUGAAGAGGGUGGGGAGGGGCGUCCACGAGUGUCAACUGAGUGAAAGGGGCUGAUGACAUUUGUAAUUCAAAUUCAGCUGUGAGUGGGCAGACCCCUGCACCUAUGUAAAAUCCCGUUGACUUCAGCUUUUUAUGUGGGUAGACAUUUUUCAUGCUUAUCUGCCUGUUAAAAGCUGCUGCUGCUUUUUAUGUGUAUGUUGAAAACCAGAAUUUUGGAAACCUACCCAGGUAGGUGGGUAGAAAUAACCAGGAAUAAUUUUGCUGGACUCUGCAAAAUGUACAAGAGGCUUCUGAUGCAAGUGUGAGGUCUGACCUCUGAAGUCAGAGGUAGGCAAACUACGGCCCGUGGGAUGGUUCUGCCCGGCCCUUGAGCUCCCGGUCAGGAAAGCUAGCCCCCGGCCCCUCCCCUGCUGUCCCCCCUCAGCUCGCUGCACCACCAGUGCUCCGGCCCGCCUCUCCUGCUGUGGCUGCAAGCUCCUGCCGCUCUGAGAGGCAUGUGUCUAUGUAAAGUGCUGGACUGACACUCCUGUACGCUGGAGCCCUCUCUGUCCCUAGAAGAGAAACAUGCAACAUGGCAGCAGCCAUGGAAACUGAACAGCUGGGUCUUGAAAUCUUUGGAACGUCUGAAAGCGAGGAGCAUGCUGAGGCAGAGGAGCAGCCAACACUGGAACCCUUCUAUGUAGAAAGAUAUUCCUGGAGUCAGCUUAAAAAACUGCUCACAGACACUAGGAAAUACCAUGGCUACAUGGUGGCCAAGGCUCCUCAUGAUUUCACGUUUGUGAAGAAAAAUGACCCUGAAGGACCCCAUUCAGAUAGGAUCUACUAUCUGGCCAUGUCUGGCGAGAACAGGGAGAACACGCUUUUCUAUUCGGAAAUUCCCAAAACCAUAAACAAAGCUGAAGUCCUAAUGCUUUCCUGGAAACCCCUUUUGGAUCUCUUUCAGGCUUCCCUAGACUACGGGAUGUACUCCCGCGAAGAAGAAUUGCUGCGAGAGAGAAAGCGCAUUGGGACAGUUGGAAUUGCCUCUUAUGAUUAUCACAGAGAAAGCGGCACCUUUCUGUUUCAGGCUGGCAGUGGAAUUUACCACGUAAAAGACGGCGGCCCUCACGGAUUUACUCAACAGCCCUUAAAGCCCAAUUUAGUGGAGACCAGUUGUCCAAACAUACGGAUGGAUCCAAAACUGUGCCCAGCUGAUCCAAACUGGAUUGCAUUUAUCCAUAGCAAUGACAUCUGGAUUUCUAAUAUACUAACCAGAGAAGAAAGGAGGCUAACCUUUGUCCAUAACGAAUUGGCCAACCUAGAAGAGGAUCCCAGAUCUGCUGGGGUAGCUACUUUUGUGCUUCAGGAGGAAUUUGAUAGAUACACUGGCUACUGGUGGUGUCCGAAUGCUGAGCCAAUUGUCACUGGAGGCAAAAUUCUUAGGAUUCUUUAUGAAGAAAACGAUGAGUCAGAGGUGGAAAUUAUUCAUGUCACAUCCCCCAUGCUGGAGACCAGGAGGACGGAUUCCUUUAGAUAUCCCAAAACAGGUACAGCAAAUCCAAAGGUCACUUUCAAAAUGUCAGAAAUAACAGUUGAUGCUGAAGGAAGAAUUGUAGCUGUCAUGGAUAAAGAACUAGUGCAGCCAUUCGAGAUCCUGUUUGAAGGAAUAGAGUAUAUUGCAAGAGCUGGGUGGACUCCAGAAGGAAAAUAUGCCUGGUCCAUCUUGCUGGAUCGCUCCCAAACACGGCUACAGAUAGUGUUGAUCUCCCCUGCAUUAUUUAUCGCAGUAGAAGAUGAUGCUAUGGAAAGACAGAAGCUAAUAGACGCUGUGCCAGACUCUGUUACACCACUUACUAUUUAUGAAGAAACAACAGAUAUCUGGAUAAAUAUCCAUGAUAUCUUCCAUGUUUUCUCUCAAACCCGCCAAGACGAGAUAGAGUUUAUUUUCGCCUCUGAAUGUCAAACGGGGUUCCGGCACCUGUACAAAAUCAUCUCAGUUUUGAAGGAGAGCAGAUACAAGCGAUCAUGUGGAGGUCUCCCUGCUCCAAGUGACUUCAAAUGUCCCAUCAAAGAGGAAUUAGCAAUUACCAGUGGAGAAUGGGAAGUACUUGGUAGACAUGGUUCCAACAUCCACGUGGAUGAAGCAAAAAAACUGGUGUAUUUUGAAGGCACAAAGGAUUCCCCUUUAGAGCAUCACCUGUAUGUCGUUAGCUACAAGAAUCCUGGAGAGGUGAAGCGACUGACGGACCGUAGCUACUCUCACGCCUGCUCCAUGAGUCAGGACUGUGACAUGUUCAUCAGUAAAUUCAGUAACCAGAAGAACCCGCACUGUGUGUCACUGUACAGGCUGACUGGUUCUGAAGAUGAUGUUGCUCACAGAAAGAAGGAAUUCUGGGCCACGAUUCUAGAUUCGGCAGCUGCCUGCGUGCAGGAGGGGGAGUCUCAGUUCCGACUCAGACGCACAGAUCAUGCCUCCGACGCUCCUCACCCACAGUGCCUUAGCCAAGGUCCUCUUCCCGACUAUGUUCCCCCGGAAAUCUUCUCCUUUGAGAGUUCCUCAGGCUUUACACUGUAUGGCAUGAUGUACAAACCUCACCACCUACAACCUGGGAAGAAAUACCCCACAGUGCUCUUCAUAUAUGGAGGGCCGCAGGUGCAGCUGGUGAACAAUCGGUUUAAAGGAAUCAAGUAUUUUCGCUUGAACACGCUGGCCUCGCUGGGUUACGUAGUUGUUGUAAUUGACAACAGGGGAUCCUGCCACCGAGGGCUUAAGUUUGAAGGUGCCUUUAAAUACAAAAUGGGUCAAAUAGAAAUUGAUGACCAAGUGGAAGGGCUGCAGUAUUUAGCAUCCCAGUAUGACUUCAUUGAUUUAGACCGAGUUGGCAUUCAUGGCUGGUCCUAUGGAGGAUACCUGUCUCUGAUGGCAUUAAUGCAGAGGUCAGACCUCUUCAGGGUUGCCGUUGCCGGAGCCCCAGUCACGCUGUGGGUAUUCUAUGACACAGGCUACACAGAGCGUUACAUGGGACACCCUGAUCACAACGAGCAGGGAUAUUAUCUAGGAUCAGUGGCCGUGCAGGCGGAGAAGUUUCCUUCAGAACCACACCGUUUGUUGCUGUUGCAUGGUUUCUUGGAUGAGAAUGUUCACUUUGCACACACAAGUAUAUUGCUGAGUUUUUUAGUGAGGGCUGGAAAACCAUAUGAUUUACAGAUUUACCCUCAGGAGAGACACAGUAUAAGGGUCCCUGAGUCUGGAGAGCAUUAUGAACUCCAUCUGCUGCACUAUCUGCAAGAGAAUCUUGGCUCCCACAUUGCUGCACUGAAGGCAAUGUAAUUGUGACCUCUGUGGAACUCUGAUACACUGGCUGUUUAACCAAACGAGGAAAUGGAUCUGUAGAGAAAAUAGAACAGAAUAUUGCAUUUUGGUGCCUGCCACAUAUGCACGCGCGCACACACCCACACGCAGACAUUUUUUUUUUUAAGUAAACUAGGUGCCAUACAAGGAAACUACAGUACAAUGGCCUAAUAAUUUAAAAAUGGAAAUAAAAUCAAAUGUCUGUGGCACGCAGCAGUACCAUGCAAAUUCUUUGGGGAAGAAGCUGAAAAUUCGGUAACACAUUUCCACAACACCAUAUCUUCACCAUCUGAAAACAUUGAGCUGUGCGAGUCUAAUUGGUGUAUUUUUUUUUUUACAGUGUGUUUCUCAGUUUCUUACAACAAGGUAAUAUUGGAUGAUUCACUCACGUCAUGGCAAAAAUCUGGCUGGAUGGUUACAACUUUGAUACCAUUUUAAAAUGUAAUGUGUAAUAGUUUGUUUUGUGCAAGGGAUGUCCGGCUCAUUAGGAAUUAGUUGCAUAUUAGACACAUUAUAUAACCAGAUGUUGGGGAUAAUUAUUUUUAAAAAGAAACACUUUUAGCUGCCCCCUGAAGAAGUUUAUAAUUUGGUUUUAACUAAGAUCAGGCCAGUUUUUUCAGUGAGCUCAUCUCUGUGUAGUACAAAUCUUCUGCUUUUUUCUUUUGUAGUGUGAUAAAUAGCUUGUUCCUGAUUUCACACAGGGAGGUGAAAAAUGUAUUUUACAGUAACAUGGGCAGAAAAGUUAGCUUUGGGUAUGCUGAGAAGCAAACUAGUUUUAAGCCAAACAGCUGAAACUUUAUAUAUUUCUCAUAUUUUAACAAUACAGCCUAUUCUCAUGGACUUUCACCCAAUGUGCAUUUUGGGGCUGUUUUCAGAAUACUUUCCUAUCUCAGCAGGUCGGUGUAUAAAUAUUCCCCCACUAAGAUUUUAAAAUUCCAACAUCCAAGUACAAGUGUCCACUGGGGAGUUGGUAAGAUGGGGGCCUAUCAACACUACAUUGAAGCAAUGCAAAUUGUGUUUUAUUAAAUUUUUUUGUUGUCAUUAUUCUAGCAUUAUUCUCACAUCAGUGCUGAGAAAGUAUAUUGUCCUAGUCACCCUGCUCCUGUAUAUAUAGAUAGAUGCCAUCACCCCUUGAGUCAUCUCUAGCACUGCAGUGUAGCCUGGUCAUAUGCUGUCCGCCGAGAGAAACCCUUGUCCAUGUUGCGUAAGGUAAUGCUGCUGGAAGCUAGCACCCUGCAGUAUAAAAUCACAUUAAAGCACGAUUUUCUUUGCUAGUGUGGUUUUGGACAUGGCUGAAAAACGUGAAGUGUUUGAAAACACUUUUAAAUUUCAAAAUGUUGUUUAAACUAGAACUCCAUAGUCAAAUUAUUAGUUUUAAACCAGACACCUCUGCCUGUGGUUUCUGUGUUAACUUCCCAUAAUUUUUAGGUGCUUUCUUUUAAAAAGCCAAGAACUUUUUCCCCUUCUAUUUUGAUGCUACGGAGAGAGAAGCAGAGCAAGAUUCUCUUUUCAUCGUUUGAAAAUUGGAUGCCCUGUGGCUUGUGUUCCUACUUGAGAUACCCAAAUUUUGUCGCAGUGUGCUUUAAUAACUUUUUUAGGUGAAUGAAUGAUCAGCAGACCCUAGAAUUCUAACAUUUAAAGCAAUAGGCCCUGACCUUGAUAUUUGUGACACUGGUAUUAACUGGGAAUAACUCCACUGGGAUCACCUGGAUAUCAGAGCUGUGUAAGAGUCAGCAGAAUCAGGUCCACUGGCUUAUGCUAAAGGUAGUCAAAGCAAACACACUUCCUGUAAGCAUGUACCGUUUUUUUCCAGAUCUCUCUCAAUUAUUUUGAAUUGAACUGAUGGUAUUUUAAGUCCUGUAAUUUACACCAUCAGCAUAUGGAAAUAGGUUUAUGGGUUUUUAUUUUGGGGCACUGGGGGAAUGUAAGGAACCCAAUAUCUACACUGUCUUCGCUGUACCAACAAUAGCUAAUUAUUGUAACUGAAGUGAAUUCCAUUCAGAAAAAGCCGGCAUUUUCAGCCAUCCUAUGGCAUGUGCUGUAGUUAGUAUUUACAGACAAGCUGGUACAUUGAUAAGCUUGAAGAAUAACAAUGCGCCAGUUAGUAUAAAAACUAUAAAUUUGUUACUAUGGUAUUCCACCUGGUUCUUUAUGUAUUUAUGCUGUAGUAUAUAUACAUAUAUCUAUGGGUAUGUCUGCACAGCAAAAGAAAACACAGGGCAGCAAGUCUAACAGCCCAGGUGAACUGACUCAGGCUUGCACUGCAGGCUAAAAAUAGCAGUGCGGACAUUCAGGCUUUGGACUCAGACUUGCACCGCAGGUUCUUUUGUUACUGUGUAGACAUACCCUGUAUCUGUCCAUAGAUACCUAUAUGUAUAAAAUAACACACGGAUGGUAUCACGUUUUGCAAGGUUGUUUAUAUUUUGUUCAAUGUUAAAUUAACUGGUGUUUGGGAGUGUAUUUUUGUUCUUCCUCCAGAGAUUAUCUCUUGAAUAUAAAUGUAUAUGAUUCUGAAGUAAAAAUUGAUUCUUUUGUACAAAAUGGCCUCUAUGGAACAGUGCUUACAGCAAAGAAGGAAUUAAAUGGGAUUCUGGUAAUCAAGUCUAGAUUUUGGUUUAGCACUGAACAUGAUAAAAUUGCUUACAUGUAACUUUUUAAUAAUGCAUUCUCUCUUUAUUUUAAAUAUAUCAGAAAACUAUUAAAGUAGCAAGUAUGUACUCUAUUUAUUUUGCAACAUAAAUUAUGGUUUUCUUUGCUACAAAAAUAAUUUCCUUUACAGCUAUCAGGCACUUUAAAACUCCAUGUUUUCUUUCCUUGUGAAAAUGCUGGAAGGAUUUACUAUCAGUAUUUCAUAGUUCUGUACGAAGGAUGCUUGCCACAUGUAACGGUAAUGAAAGGCAUAUCCCAUAGGGGGUCUGAUCCAGCUCCCAUUGAAGUUAAUGACCAAACUCCUGUUGUUUUCAAAGGGGCACAAUCAAGUCCAUAGGGAAUGAGCACUGCCUUGUGAAAUACCAAAUGUGAGUCCAUCAGUAACUCUUAAAACUGGAGAUGCUGCUCACUAGAUAAGGAUAUUAUAUCCUGAUUGGUCUUGGUGGGACAAGCCACAUCUAAGAUCAGCAAUUCUGCAUCUGUUGCCAGCUGUAAGUUAGUCUUCCUAUGCUACAGUCCAGAGUCCACAGUCCAGAGUACUGUGUAUGAUGGUAGUGUUGCUGCAGCAUUUUGGAUCCUUGGAAUUGCCUAAAUCCAAGUCCAGAAAUCUCUGGAUUAGGGAGAUGGCACUUUCACCCAAGAAGAAUUGCCCAUGAUGUUUUACAUUUGGAUUUAUUUUAAAUUGUUUUUGUUUGUGGACUUACUUUAAAAAUGGCCAAGUGGUAAUGCUACUUUAAAUUUUAAGCAGGGCUAGUGAGCUCCCUAGGUAGAAAGUCCAAGAACAGAAUAUUCCAUGGAGGAGAGAUCACCACCUUGCCCCACAAAAUAAAUCCCUAGCUGGGGAUGUCUACACAGGGAUAAAAAAACCGCCCGGCUGGCCCAGGUCAGCUGACUCGGGCUCAUGGGGCUUGGGCUCCGUGGCUGAAAAAUUGCUGUGUAGAUGUCGAGCGUCCCAGCGUUUGAUCUCCAGCCUGAGCCCAAACGUCUACAGAGAUUUUUAGAACUGUGAGCCUGAGCCAAAUGAGCCCACUGUUUUUGUUUUUUAUCCCUGUUUAGACAUAUCUCUUGAGUUCAGCGGGGUUACUCUCAGCAAUAACCACUACACCUUGUGGUACAUGAUAGCAAGAUUGGGCCUGAAGUGUUGAGUGUAAAUCUCUUUUCUAUGGUAGCAGGUAUCUUUGCAUCUUACCACCCAAUCCUGUGACCACUAAAAUUCCACAUUUAACUUUUGCUGAAAAAUGAUAGAGCAUUUAUUAAAGGCUGGGUUUCGAAAACUGAGGGACUAGUGGUGUUGAAUAGGGAUGCCAGUGUACAUAUCUUUUGUCUGUUUUCAUUGUUUGGAAUUGUGUUUGGUUUGCCUCAGUGGGGACAGAUUCUAUGGUAUAAUGUUUUGAAGUGCUUUCCAUUACUUAAGCCAGGAAAUCUUCCUUUUAAUAAAGAAUAGGGGGAAGGCAGGGAACAUUUUAGAUUGGGGCAAGUAGUCUGCAUUUUUUUCCACAUUUCCAAGUAUAUAAUUUGUAUUAAUAUAUAUCUUACUCAUUACCUAGAAUUACUUCAUUUUUAUAAACUCAGUUUACUACCCAAUAUUAAUUAAUGAAACAAUUAAUUCUGAUCAGGAUGUGAAGCUUUGAAAAUAAAGUACCUUAAUUAUAGUAAAAUGGAAAACGUAUUCCCUGCUAAUAGGGGUAUUUGGGAUUAGUGUUAGCAAAGACUUUCCGGAUGGGCUUGACACGUUGAAGGUUUAACUCUUUAGAGCUGUGUAUGAGUGUUGUGUUGCAUUUAGCAAAGAAUCCAGCUGUGACAUUAACUGACAAAAUAGGGUCCUGAGACUUAACCUGUCAAAGUAAAAUAAUUGAUUGUGUUUCUUGCUGAUCUGUGUGUUCCCUGUGGAGAGCAAUAUGUUUUGCUGCUAGCAUGACACUGAAUAUUGAGAGGGCAAUAACAAGGUGGGGGAAAAUCAGACAGAUUAGAACACUGCCUUGAAUUGCCUAUUUACUUGAGUUACCAGACCCCUGUCAAUACAAGUACUGUAUCCUCCGGGGUGCUUUGGGCUGCCCUUAUGAAAGGACAGGUCUUUUUGUGGUUUUUACUUUGAUGUUCUGCACAGUAGAAGUUCAGGUGUUUAAUUUUAGAACAUGAAGUGCCUGCUGUUUAAGCGUUGACUUGUAUUAACAAAAUUGCAUGUCUCACGCCAGUAGGUUUAUGGGUUUCCCUCCAUUUCUAGUUACAUGGCUUUUAAUCAUGUAAAGUGGAAACAUUAGUUUUGCCGCGUUUUAUUACAAAUCCUUUUUGUUGCAAUAAAGAUGCUGCUAAAUAAAUUGAACUAAAUGUU